AUGGCGCGCAAACUUUCUCUAUGUAAAAGCUCUGAACGAACGAUUAGAAGAAAGUUCCAUUCCUCCAUGUAUGUGCUUCAGCGGUUACAACAACGAAAUCUCACCUACCUCAUGUGGAUUUCCGGAUGCGAUAUUUUAGUCUCGAUCAGUUAUACUGCCAUUAUGUGUGUGCAGGUCUACACGGACUACUUCGACUUUUUUAUUCUGUUUUACCUAUGGCACCAAUACCUCCGAGCGGCCUUCACGGUCUCUCACAUCACGCUGAGCAGCAGCUCAUUCCUGCUCAUGGCUGCCACCAUAGAACGAUACUUCCAGAGCACCGCUGACUACCGGCACGAGAAACUGUUUCGAAUUCUAUCAAGGUAUCGGGCAAUGGUGGUAGUGUUGUGCUUCGCGGCUAGUUGCCUCUUCAGAGGAACCGUUUUUUUCGAAGUCGUUGUUGUUUACAACCCACGCUGUCAAGGAUUUUCUAGUAUGGGUUUAGCAGCAUCUAGACUCUUUACGAAUCCUGUUUACGACGCGGUUUGGAAGUUCUGGAUUCGCAAGAUUGUCACGGUUUUCUUACCGUUUACAGGUGGGAAGGAACUUCAUACUGUGAUCCAUAGAACUGAGUAUAAUACUUCCAAGACAGAAGCGUUAUUUGAUGAAACAUUCGUAUUCGAAGAUCACAUGCUGGCGUCAUUCAACACAGCGAUCGUGCUGAAUGUUCGACGUUCUCAUCGCAACCGUACAGUCAGAGCUUUGCUGCUGUUCACCACCAUUGGAAACAGUGUCGAAGUUACUCGAUUAAAAGCUCGUCUUCGUGCGGUUACCAGGAUGCUGGUCAUGGUGAUUUGUACAUAUCUGGCUGCCAAUAUUAUCGAUGUAAUUAUUGCCUUUUGGGAGACGAUCGACAUCGAUUCCCUUUACGCAUAUGAGCGAUUCUACACGGUGACGACGGAUAUCUCGUCCUUCCUCCCGAUUUUGGCGUGUGCGUUGCGCCUUCCCAUCUACGCGGUAAACGAUGAACAAAUAAGGACCGAGGUAGGGAAACUCUUUCUUCGCGAUUCUACUGUAUUUCAUGUAGUGGCAAUUUGGUAUAAAGAUGGUCAAAAAUUUAACGAAAAAUGA